UCAGGCAUCCAGGCACACCUAGUAGGACUGUGCGUACUGAAUGACAACGAACCGACGAGCCAUGAACUUGCUUUUUUGGAUGCUAAACUUUUCCCUUUAUGGGACCUGGAUCAAUGCACAGGUGGGGUUUGAUGGUCCUCUCUCAGCUCAGGAGCAGAUGUACAUCCUGUAUGAAGUCAAAACGCAGUGCUACCAGAACCUCUCCAACAUGGAGCCAGGAGCUGAAGAUGAGGCAUGCCCCCCAGACUGGGACGGCCUUAUUUGUUGGCCCCAUGGCUCCCCAGGGCAGGUUACAAGGGUUCCCUGUCCAUCUUACAUCUAUGAUUUCAAUCACAAAGGACAUGCCUACAGGAGAUGUGACACCAAUGGUUCUUGGGUAAUUGUGGAGCUCUGGAACAAAACGUGGACCAACUACUCAGAGUGUUUGCGCUUCCUUCAGCCCUUCACCGACGAGGAAGCAAAACAAGACUUCUUUGAGCGGCUGUACAUCAUGUAUACGACCGGCUACGCUGUGUCCUUCAGCUCUCUACUGGUGGCCAUCAUGAUCAUUGGAUAUUUCAGACGUCUUCACUGCACCAGGAACUACAUCCACAUGCACCUGUUUGUCUCCUUCAUGAUGCGUGCCGUCAGCAUCUUUGUCAAGGACAAAGUUGUGUAUUCAAGCGCUGGAUUGCAAGACUUUGAUUCUGCCCUGUUGGACAAAACAGUAAACAGGGCGUCACUUGACAAGUCUCAGUAUAUUGGCUGCAAGGUGACAGUGCUCCUUUUCAUCUAUUUCCUGGCCACCAAUUACUACUGGAUCCUGGUGGAAGGUCUCUAUCUGCACAGUCUCAUCUUCAUGGCGUUUCGGUCAGACUCAAGAUACCUCUGGAGCUUCAUACUUAUCGGAUGGGGUAAGUGA